UCCGUGUUCAUUAUGUCACAAGUAAAGCAAACAAUUUGAAACAAUUCGAUACGCCAAACCGACUCACAGACAAACAUAUAUAGUAAGGAGUCUCCUCGAAAGCACCCCGACACCCUCCAGUUGUCUGUCGACCUGUCUCCGUCUAAUUUCGGCAAACCAAAUUCCUGUUACGAUAAUUUAAUACGAUUACCCCCCCCCCCCGCCCGAAACAAUGCCGGAAACGAAAACCAAGACGCUCUGCAGCCCCAGCCCUGCUCUCGACGAUUUGGAAGAGGACGACAUCAAUGCCGCCACCAAUCGACUUGUGACCCGCCCACGUCAAGAGUCCCGGUCCAGGCCCCGCCACUCCCACUCCCACCAUCCCAAUAAUGGCAACCAGGGCCAGCUCCCGGCCCAAGGCCAUCGCAAUGCCGGCGGCCUUACGACCAGACAGGAGGUGACGCUGAAGGCCGGCGACAUGCGAAUGGCCCGGAUGCAGAUCAGCCUCUCCCAGCUACGCACCGAGAUGGAGGCGUCCAGCAAGACGCUGCGGGACCUGGCCAAGAUUCUGAAAGUGGACGUGGAUGCCGAGUGAUAUUCCUUGGGAUUUCAGUUACAGAGCUCUUGUUUGUGGAUAAAUAAAUCAUAUAGAAUCGUCUAAAAGAA